UCUAUUACAUUUAUUGAGGCGGACAAUCCGUCCCCUAGUCUACACGACUAGCAUGACUUCACCAAAAUUCUUCGUCAAUUGGACCACCUUUAAAAAGUCAUGGGAGGAUGUAACCGUAGCUCACUGGCUCAAAUACCCCAACCCUUUCUCCAAACAUGUUCUCUCAGAGGAUGUAGUAGAGCGCCGCAUUGAAGACGGUAAACUGUACACAGUAAGGUUUAUAGUGAAGAAGCAACGUAUCCCUACAUCUUUUAUGUGGAUGGUCCCUGCAAAACACAAGGCCUGUUAUGUUAAGGAAACUUCUGUGAUAGAUCCAGUGAACCAGGAGUGCACGAUAACAACAGAGAACUUGAACUGCAGGUUUAUCAGUCUGGUUAUAGAGACCCUCAAGUACAAGAGUGUUAGAAUGUGUGAGACUCUCAUGGAGAGACGAACUCGCAUAUCCGCCAAAAUAGAGAGCAUACAAAAUUACACGUUCGACAGAUACCAGAAGAACAUCGCCAACACUGAUAAAGGCAUGAUGUGUGUUCUGGGGUUACUGGACGAGUGUAAACGGCAGGGUCUCACCGGUCAAUGUACUCUGUAAUAACGGCCACUACUCUUGUUUAAACCGUUCAAAACCGGUUUUGGACGAUUUCCCAACAGGUUUAAACCGGUUUUGGACGAUUUCCCAACAGGUUUAAACCGGUUUCAGGUGGUUCCCUACACCUUCACCCCCCCCCCCCCCUAGUUUCAGUCACGUGAGCUGCCCCCAUGCCUAGUACAAUCAUUUGGUAUUAAUUGUAGAGUUUAUUAUUAAUGCUGAGCAUUAAUAUAUAAGAGGUAUUACAAACGGUUGUUAAGGAUCUUACUUCAAGGACUAAGAUUGAGUUUUUGUAAAUGAUUAAGUGAUGAUUUUGUUACAUGUGUGCUUCAUGUUUCAUUCAUGUUCCGAGUAUUAAUUUAAGUUAUUUUUUGAUUGAUGUUACUUUUUAUAGAGGAGGUAAAGCUCGUUUUUGGGCUAAAUUAUAAUAUACAAAAUAGGAAUUAGAGAUCUUAGAGUAUACAUGUGUUAGAGUAACGAUUUUUAUAAUAAACUCUAUAACGAACCGUUUAUAACAAAGUUUGCAAAGGUCCAGGACGGUUCUUAUAUCGAUUAGGAAUAUCACGAUGCAGACGAUGUCAAUUUGCUCAAGUUGGAGGAGUUGCCUUUAUAAUUUAUAAGUUCUUUUGAUUCAAACACUAUCAGACAAAUUUUUCAUGCAUCCCAAGUAUAUUGUGUGACUGAAUCUUUGUACCUUAACUAAUUUAUUACCUUAACUA